CCUGACACAUAGGACACGCAUAGGACUUAGUUUUAGGCAAACGAGUGUAGACACCCUCCGCAUUGUGAGAGAGCAUUACCCCAAAGGUCGCCAAACGCCAUGGCGCACCAUGGAGCUCUCUACAAGCUCUUCCUAGUUGCAGGUCUCUGUCUUGCAAUUCAAGUUGAUGCUGCAUCACGCUCGUACUUGACGCGGCCUCCGCCGCUGAAGCGGCCACCGCCCCACCGGAGCCCGCCGCGGCAAGUCUCCCCUGCGCCCGUGGAGGUGGUGACUGUCCUGGUGAACGUGUCGGGCCAGCUGUCUCAGUCUCUGGGGCACGGCAUUGUGGAGAAGGACGCCAGCAGCGACGACAGCGCGUGGAACCUGGUGCUGCAGGAGGAGCAGAUCGCCCGCCUGGUGCCCACCAGCCCCAAGACGCCCGAGGAGGCGUCUGUGAACACACGCAUUGAGCUGGAGACGGACGACACGCUCAUCACCGGCGACCCCGUGGAGACGUCUCUGGCGCUGGACGUGCCCAAAAGCGUGGCGGACAAGCUGGGGCUAGACGUCGCCGCUGACGGCGGCCCGGCCGCUAGCGGCAACUCCACCGACGGCACGGACUCCGGCAGCCGCCGCCGCCUGACGGAGGUGGAGCACCGCGCGCGCCGCAUGAUGCUGGACUUCCACGGCACACGCCGCACGCUGGCGGAGUUCAAUGACCUGACGGACGUGCUGAGCCAGUUGGGGGUGCAGAACCAGGUGCCCAAGGCCAAGGUGCCCAAGACCGGGAGCGGCAAGAAGAACGGUGGCGCCAAGGAUCUGAUGAUCAUUGGCGGCAAGCCGCUCAACGUGACCUCGAUCACCUUCUUCUUCACCUCGUCCUCCUGCGGCAUCAACCCCGUGCUCAGCGAGUCUCAGAUCCGAGCGCGCUGGUACGACAACGGCGACUCGGCGCCUGUGACCGCCUCACUGCAGCGCUACCACCGCGUGUGCUCCUACAACAAGCUGGGCUUCUACCCCGACAGGAAUCUGGUGUUCGGGCCCAUCGAUGUCCCUUGCACCGGCAGCAUGCCCACCAAGGGCGCCUACGACCUGCGCAAGGGCAAGGGCAACAAGAUCAACCUGGACGGCGAGAUGUACGGCCUGUACGACCUGGCCAAGGCCUGGCUGCGCGCCAACCGGCCCGACGUGCUGGCGCAGCUGCCCUUCCUGCGGCGCAAGGUGCUGGUGUGGCCCUGGAACAACCAGGCGCAGCUGCUCAAGAACGGCGACCUGGAGAUUGCGGCGUGGGCGGGCAUGGCCAACAUGGGCUGCCCCGGCAACCCCGACCCCAGCGGCAUCGUGCCCGACUGCCUGACCUGGAUGAACACCGACCUGCCCUCCACCACCAUCGACCUCACCACGCUGUUCCAGGAGCUGGGCCACAACAUCGGCCUGGCGCACUCCUCACGCACGGUGUGCGAUGCCGCCGGCUGCGUCAAGGACGAGUACGGCGACUCCACCGACCCCAUGGGCGGCGCCGGCCCCAUCAGCGGCGACAAGAGCUACAUCUGCCUGUCGGCGCCGCAGGCCUACAAGGCCGGCUGGGCGGUGCCGCUGGCCAACCUCAACAGCACCAACCUGGAGGAUGGCGGUGGCUUUACCGACUACGCAGUGCCCUCGAUGCACACCACCGACACCAACUACAUCCGCGUCGCCAUCGACCAGACCGGCAUCGCCACCACCGACCGCCUCAAGCCCGAGCGCGCAAUCUACAUCUCCUUCCGCGUGGCGCAGCCCCUGGGCGGCUACGACUCGGGCCUGCCCAAGGAGCUGAACGCGCGCGUCUGGGUGCACGAGUAUAACGAGACCGCCAACGGCCUGACCGCCAACCUGAAGACGCCGCCCAUGGUGCUCAACAUGCUGGACCUGCCCGUGCUGGACCCCAAGACCAAGAAGGUCAGCCCGCCCGUGGUGCCGGGCUGGGGCCCGCUGCCCGCCCGCGCGGUGCUGCCCAGCGCGUUUGGCGCCGGCGAUAGUCUGACCAUCUGGCUCAAGUCCAAGACCGCCACCGCCGCCAUUGUGUCGCUGUGCCGAACCACUGCGGCGAGCGAGACUGAGGAGACGUGCAACGACGGCCUGGACAACGACUGCGAUGGCCUGACUGACGGUGAUGACCCGGACUGCGGCGGUGCGGACCCCGCCGAUGACAAGUCGCCGCCGCCGCCCCCGCUGGCCGUGUUGCGCAAGUCGCCGCCGCCCUCGCCUCCCCCGCCUCCCCCGCCCGCCAAGCGUGAGAAAUCCCCACCUCCGCCUGCCAAGCGUGCCGACAACCCGCCUCCCCCGGCGAACGCUGCCAGCGUGCCUAGCCCCAGGCGGCCUAAGGCCAAUGGCCGCCGCCAGCACCAUUAGCCACAGUCGCAUCACUGAUCUCAAUACGUGAAGGCUGAUGGCUGAGUGGAUGCAUGACACAUGACAACCUGUUUAUUCGGAUGCGGAUGGAACGCGUGGCUGCAGCAAAGCUCACGUGCCUCGGUGUGAGCAUUGGGGAGUGGUGCACGAUUGACUGACUGAGAGCGGGUCAUACCGCCAACGUGACCUAGUAGACGUUACUGGGUGCAUGUGUGCUGGUGUGUAGUAUAAGGGAAAUGUGUGUAAGUUACUGUGUGCUGAGCUGUGGGAGCGCUUCAGACGUCACAUGACCAGCAGCAGCUAGCUUGGGUUCACGCUGCCUUGCCAUGUGUGUAGACGGUGUGUGGCGGCGCCUGCUGUGGGCGCGUGGCCCUCGUGAAGUCGUACGCGCCGCUGGGCUGCGGGCACACGGCUGGCGGUUGCCUGUGCUGAUUCAUGCGCAUGACGCUCUGAGAAUGCGCAGCUGAUAGUUCCAGGACUGACAAUACCUGACAUCAUUAACCGAGUCUGUCGUUCACAGGGGAGGGUCGUGCGCACUAAUGCCAUGGAGUUGCAAGGUUUGCGCUGCUAAUCAUGGUACUGUGCCGGCAUCGGAACCUAUUCAUCUACUUUUUUGUUUAAUCUCUUGUGUAAUUGUCAACGCUU